AUGGCGACAAAUCUGUUUGAUAAGGUUUUUGACCGGCUUGGCGCGUUAACUAGCCGCGUAGUCAAGCUCACGGAGAUCGUUCAAAACCUUCAGCGUGUUGUUGGCGAACUGAAGAGCCAAAGCCAGACUUCACCGGACCAACGAGCUCAGCGGUUGUUGACCGCCAGUUCGGAGCAGUGUAAAAAGAUCCAAAAAUACUUAACAACAACACAAGAUGAUAUGACUCAAUUUACAAAUGCACUUGCCACACAAUACAACGAAAAAAUAAUGAACGACGUCGAAGACACUUCGAGUGUUCUUAUCAUGACAAAAAGGGACUUUUCUACCACAAAAACUAAGACGGAUGUUUUGUUUGAGACUUCAAAAAGGAUCCAAGAGAUGCUUCGAAUGAACGAUUUGGCGUUGGUGUCUUCAAAAGGGUCUGUGCCAAAACGGAUGAAUGUGACAACAGCAAUUUAUGAGGACAAAAUAUAUCAGCUGAGUACUGUGUGGUUCGCAACUAUCUCAUCGAACUCAAUCAGUGGAAGAAAGUGUGUGUCCCUCUACACGGGAGACAAAUCGGUAGCAGUCCACGUGUACUACGCAGAAGAACGAUUUUUCUAUUGUUUCUUUCAAGGAAAUGAAUACAAAUACGAUAUCAAGGAAGACGCAAUAUCAAAGUUAAACGUCGAGUUGCACUUGGAGUGGAAAAGACUUGCGUGUGAAGUCGUUAAUAUCCCAACAGGCAGUUUCUUUAGUAAAACACGUAACGGAAAAUCAGCGGUAUUUUACGUGAGAGAGUCGAUGAUAGUUGUGCGACUCGAUUCGGGUGAUGUCAUCGUUCUCGAUUCGGAAAGUAGUGCUAUUUAUAUUAAUACAAAACGGCUUAUUCUUUAUCACCAUUUUCAUCAGAAUCAUUGA